UGCAAAACAAAACAUCUCCAUCUCUCCUUUCUUCAGGAUGGAGGCCUUGUUAAACGAGUGGCUGUGGCAGGAGGAGUACUGGCUUCCUCCUGGCAUCAGCUGGCAGGACAUCAAGACGAAGGAUGAGGAUGGCCGUUUUCCUCUGCCCAGGGAUCUCCUCAUCACGUUGCCACUGGCCUUUGUCUUUAUAGCCCUGAGAUAUGUAUUUGAGAGGAUCAUCGCCAUUCCUUUUAGCAAAUGUUUAGGUGUGAAGGAUCGAAUUCGGAUUCAAGCUCCAUCUAUCCCAAAGCUGGAUGCCUUCUACAAACACAUCAGUGGACAACCAUCACAAAGUCAAGUGGUGAGUUUGGGGAGACAAUGUGGACUAUCUCAAAGAAAGAUUCACACCUGGUUCAGACACAGAAGGAACCAGGACCGACCCAGCAGCACAAAAAAGUUCUGCGAGGCAUCUUGGCGGUUUGUGUUCUACAUCGUCUCCUUUGCAGCAGGACUCGGCUCGCUGAUUAAUACUGCCUGGUUCUGGGAUCCCAGAGAGUGCUGGACGGGAUAUCCCAAACAGCCUGUGGCAGAUGCUCAUUACUGGUAUUACAUCUUGGAGCUGAGUUUCUAUCUGUCCCUGCUGCUAAGUGUUUCAGUGGAUGUCAAGCGAAAGGAUUUUAAGGAGCAGGUGGUUCAUCACAUCGCCACUAUAUUUCUUAUCGGAUUCUCCUACUGCGCCAACUAUGUGAGGGUUGGCACGCUGGUGAUGCUGGUGCAUGAUUCCUCGGACUUCCUUCUCGAGUCUGCCAAGAUGUUUCACUACGCAGUGUGGACAAGGACAUGUGAUUCGCUGUUUGUCAUAUUUGCUGUGGUCUUCCUGGUUACAAGACUAGUGGUGUUUCCUUGCAGAAUUGUCCAUACAACCAUGGUGGUGUCGCUUGAGUUUUUCCAGCCUUUCUUUGGUUAUUAUUUCUUCAACGCUCUGCUGCUGGUUCUGCAAGGACUGCACAUCUUCUGGGCCUACCUCAUCCUGCGCAUGGUGUACAAGUUUGUCUUCACGGGCAAGGUGGAACGAGAUGAACGCAGUGAUGAGGAAAGUGAGGUGGAUGAACGUGACAAAGAAGAGGAACCUGAGGAAGAGGAGGGUGAGCACAACUGUGAGCAAAGGAAAGAGACAAUUAACCCCAAGCUGACAUCGCUAGCAAACAACUGUGUCCUGAACAACUUGACCAACCAGAGGAAUCUAAACAGCAGGCUCCGAAAAGCCAGAUAGUGGACUCUCCUUCCCUUCUGCUUACUAGAGAUAAACUCAAUCUUUUGUGUGUCUGUAUCCAGCACUGUUCAUGAACCAUUUCAGGUUAGGGUAGGUCUGAAUCCUUCUUUUCUUCAAAAAUAGAGCAUCAAAGCACAGAUGACUGUAGAGCUUUACAACCAGUCUGAGUCUUACAGGAAUCACCAUCAAACAGCUACUUACAAGGAAACCGUAAGAUGUAUUUAACGUCUAACUGUAGUUUGUAAAUGGUUUGUUUUUAUGUACUUUAUUUCUAUUUUAUUGUAAUAACUUGUUUGCAAAUAUCUUAAGGAAAAAAAUCCCUUAUUUCUUCCUUAUUUUUGGAAGCACUGAAGGUUUUUAUAUGAAAUCUACUUGUCAUAUGAUAUGUGGGAUAUAUAUUUAAACAGAACAAAUGUAAGGAUAGCUUUUAUUUUAUUUCACCCCCACAGCUUAUAGUUUGUUGUACAUAUUUAAUAUAAAAUAUUGAUCAUAGGAAGCUGUUUGGAAAACUCCUGAAGUCCAUAGUUCUAAAGUUAGUAUUUGUAGUAAUAUUUGAUUCACUUCCAUUUGUUUCUGUUCGCUUACUAAACAUAUGGCGUCCCCUGGUGUCUAAGAAAGAGAAUAUACUUGUCAAGAGGGCUUCUUUUUUCUUACUAUAUGAUAUUCUUUUUAUCAAACAUUGUACUGCUUCUGAAGAUGUUUACUUGAACCAUAUUUGUGCUUCUUGUUUUCCGACAUUCAUUAAGAAGCUGUUACAAUUUGAGCUGCUGGCCUUUUGUCCCUAUAGCUGCUGGUUUUACCAUAAUUUAGCACUAGAAAUCUGUAUGAAGUCUUUGUUACUUUUCUUGGACAAACAUAUGAGAAAAAUGUAACUGUGAGUGAUACCGCUGGUCAGUAUGUCCUUCAUACGCCAUAAAAAGUGAGUCCAAACAGAGGCGUUUACAUCCCGAAGGUUUAAUGUCACAGAAAAAGAGAUUUUGUUCUUAUGUGUGGCAUAUUUGGCAUGAGUAGCUUACUGAUAGAACAAAGCAUGCAUUUAUCCAGUGAACUGCACAAACCAGAGUCUUUAGUGUUGCAGACAAGCACCGAUAUACUUUAUCAUUCUCUCGCCGUUUCUGAUGUGUUUACUGGAGCUCUAUAAACCACUGGUUGCCGUCACGGUGCACACAUAACACAUCUGCUGCUGUUCUACUAUAUCUGAGAACUGUAUAUAGACUGUAAAUAUUAGGGGGGAGUUAAAAUAAAAAGGGCUGAUUUACUGAAUGACACACAUGUUGAGAUCCUAUUGAGUAUUAUUAUAUUAUUGUUUUAAUACAUUUAUAAGGUGGUUACACUUGACUAUGCUGUAGUGAGUGCAUUGGAUGUUUUGUUUACUGGGUGACUUGUUGAAAAGUUUAAUAAAUUAUUUAUGUUUAAUAAAUAA